AUGUCGCAAUGGACUUUCUCCGCUGUUCGAGUACAUUUGACCGCUGGCGGCCGUGGCGGUACCGGUGUUCAUACACCGAAUGUGCUCGCUUUAUUGCUACUGCCAGUACUUUGUCUUGUUGGACUCAUCGGGAACGCUAUGGUUUGCAUUGCUAUUGCGACCGAUCGACGGCUUCAUAAUGUCACCAACUAUUUUCUGUUCUCAUUAGCCCUCGCCGAUCUACUUGUUUGUUUACUGGUUAUGCCCUUGAGUAUCAUCGUCGAGGUUAAGCAUGGUGUAUGGACAUGGAACGUGUCAUUGUGCCUGCUUUAUGUAUAUGCGGACGUAUUCCUCUGUAGUGCCAGUAUUGUUCAUAUGUCCGUUAUCUCGCUGGAUCGCUACUUGGGAAUAUCGCAACCGCUUCGAACUCGGAAUAAAUCGAAGACGAUGAUUAUUGUGAAAAUUUGCCUCGUGUGGAUUAUCACGUUGAUUGUCUCAUGUCCCAUCGCGAUACUGGCCUCAUACGACCACACUUACAUCCUGCAGAAUAACUCUUGUACGAUAUUCAGUCGUCAUUAUAUCAUCUACGGUUCUACGCUGACUUUUCUAAUACCAUUCUGUGUGAUGUUCGUCACCUAUCUGCGUACUACUACGCUACUUAAUAAGCAGGCAUCAAUCCUUAGUCAGAAGGCCAAUGAUAAGCUGAACGGAAAUGGGCUGCGUCGCACAAUGCCACAUAGGAAGCUCGGACACGUUCGGAGAACGUCGACAUCCACCGCAGCCACAUUUACCAGUAGCACGUGUAAAUCGAGUUUCUAUGGUCCAAAAACGAGUACGACCUAUUCGAACGGCUAUCAUAACUCAGUGGUCGAGUUGGAUGCACCGCCACCGUCUCAACCGCAACCAACAUCAGGCAUGGAGAACCAGAACCUGCUGCUGCAUAAACCACUUACAAAACGGUCGACUAUUUAUCGCUGGAAAUCAAAAACUUCUAGCUACUUAACAAAUAUCGCGCAACGAGUCAGUCGGCGUAAUUCACUUCAGGCUGCAAGCCAAGAACUCGCCAACGAGCACAAGGCGACACGGGUGCUGGCCGUCGUAUUCAUAUGUUUUUUCAUCUGCUGGACGCCGUUCUUUGUCGCAAAUUUCAUUGUCGGAUUUUGUGGCGCGCUAUGUUCUGUGCCGCCAUGGCUCGGCUCCGUAUUCCUGUGGCUCGGAUACAUCUCAAGCACCGUGAAUCCUAUCAUCUACACCGUAUUCAAUAAGCGUUUUCGUCAAGCAUUUGUACGUAUACUACGCUGUCAAUGCUGUCAUCCUGUACGCGAUCCGUCCUCGUUCUAUUCACGGAAUUACACCACAAUUGUACCUGAUACGUUUAACUGUUCGAAUCACGACCGAGAACGUCAAGCGUCAGUGAACUGUCGUGAUGACUCCAACAACAGCAUGCGUCAGGGCAGUGCACGGCAAAGAGGUCAAGGGGGCUCUGAUGAUGACAAAAAGAUAUCGCUGCCGAACAUGCCUACGGGACGAGCAUCGUCCACGGCACCGAGCAUUCCGGAUUCAAGAGCGACAACUGAGGACGUGAGCGAUGAGGAUGCGGCGGCUAAUGAACACCGUCCGCUACUGCCCCAACCACGUCUCUCCUCAGCUCAUGGUAUGAGGAAGUCACUGACGACACUGCUCAACACCUCCACAACAUCAUCUGGCUUUACCAAAUCGACGUCGUGUGCAGAAUGUCGGCGUGCUGAAGCGUGUGACCCAUUAGACGACACUGAUGACACGAUGACUUCCUCGACAAACAGUUGUCCACAUCACUUGAUGUUAUUCUCAACCACUUUUGGGAAAUCAAUCAAGGAAACUUUUUUAUAA